GAUCGAUGACCCGGAUGUUGAUCCGUGUCCGUCACUUCCGCCGUUCCCAAGAUGGACGCCUUCGAGUUGUUUCGGAAACUCGGAGCCGGAGCUAAGUUUGACCUAAAAAGGUUCGGUCAGGAUGCUGCUCGCUUUAAGGUUGCACGGACGCACAAGGGAGACACACCGUCGGAUCGGCUCUCUGCGAUCGAUUACUUCGGCACAGGCGUGACAAGUCAAGCUCAGAAGAAAGCAAAGGAUCGAAUAGAGGAGAGGGAAGAUGAUACAGAUGAUGAUGAUGAAGAAGAAGAGGAGAGUGAAAUUAAUGUGGGUGCCAAGAGAAAACGAUGUGAUGAUGAGGGAAACAUGACUGAGACUAACCAGCAGGUGGCGCCAGCAGCAGAUGCUAAUGCGCUGAACGACUCGGGCAUCACCUGGACGUCCUCGCUGGACGGAAAGAUCCAGAACCUUCCGGGUGACGGCAAGGAGAAGUCUUCGCUAAAGAGGCUGAAGCAGCUUCAUCAGGAGAAGGUGAACCGCGUCCGCGCUCAGCACCGCAUCAACGUGCACGGUAGCGACAUGCCGGAACCCGUGUGCACGUUUGAGGAGAUCCAGUCUGAGUACCGACUGAACCCGAGGAUCCUCGAGAAUAUCCGGAAUGCCGGCUUGACGUCACCCACGCCUAUUCAGAUGCAGACCAUCCCGGUUAUGAUGCACGGCCGCGAGAUCCUGGCCUGCGCUCCGACAGGAUCCGGAAAGACUUUGGCCUUCUGUAUCCCGCUGCUCGCCCACCUCCGACAACCCGCCAAGCUGGGCUUCAGAGCCGUCGUCAUCUCGCCCACCAGGGAACUCGCCAGCCAGACCUACCGAGAGAUGCUCCGCCUAUCGGAGGGGGCGGGGUUUCGCAUCCACAUCAUAGACAAAGCGUCCCUGGCCGCCAAGAAAUACGGGCCUCAGUCCAACAAAAAAUACGACGUCCUCAUCAGUACCCCCAACAGACUCGUCUUCCUCCUCAAGCAGGACCCUCCCGCCAUCGACCUCAGCAGCGUGGAGUGGCUGGUGGUGGACGAGUCGGACAAGCUCUUCGAGGACGGCAAGAACGGCUUCAGGGAUCAGCUGGCCACCAUCUUCCUGGCCUGCUCCGGCGCCAAGGUGCGCAGGGCAUUCUUCAGCGCCACCUGUACGCCGGACGUGGAGCAGUGGUGUCGCCUGAACCUGGACAACCUGGUCUCUGUCAACGUCGGACCCAAGAACACGGCGGUGGAGUCGGUGGAACAGCAGCUGUUGUUCGUGGGGACGGAGGGCGGCAAGCUGGUGGCGGUGCGCGACAUCAUCAAAAAGGGAGUCCUGCCUCCCGUCUUGGUGUUCGUUCAGUCCAUCGAGCGCGCGCGCGAGCUUUUCCACGAGCUGGUCUACGAGGGCAUCAACGUGGACGUGAUCCACGCCGACCGCACGCAGCAGCAACGGGACAACGUGGUCCAGAGCUUCCGCAGCGGAAAGAUCUGGGUGCUGAUCUGCACGGCGCUGCUGGCUCGUGGAAUCGACUUCAAAGGAGUCAACCUGGUGCUCAACUACGACUUCCCCGCCAGCGCCGUGGAAUACAUCCACAGAAUAGGUCGUACGGGUCGGGCUGGACGUCAAGGGAAGGCCAUCACUCUCUUCACCGAGGACGACAAGCCGCUCAUACGCAGCAUCGCUAAAAUCAUCAAACAAGCCGGCUGUCCGGUGCCAGACUACAUGAUGGGCUUCAAGAAGUUACACAGCAAAAUGAAGAGGAGGCUUACGAAGAAACCCCCAGAGAGGAGCAGCAUUUCCACCACGCCUCGCAUCCUCAUGAAGAACGCGCCAAAGUCCAAACCAGCAAAGAAAGCAGCCGGCGGGACUCAAGCAGCAAAAGCGCCACAAAACACUGCGGGGAAGCAAAAGAGGAAGGGGAAAAAAAAGAAAGAAAAGGGAGAACGUGUGGAAAAAGCUGCAAACGCCGCCACAGGAAUCAAAGUGAACAAGCUCGGAAAGAAGAAGAAAGGUCAAGCGGAGGACAAAAUAAAAUAGUCUGAGAAGACAGACGAGGACUUUACAAAAGGUUUUUCUAUCCAUAUUUGAUCUUUGAAGAAUAAACUUUAUAUUCCAAUGUU